AUGCAAGACGACGGCUUCGAGGCUCUUUUGGAGCCGUUCUACAACGGAAAGAAGCUCACAGACCCCAUCUCAACCAAGGAAGACAAAUUCCAGCUUCUGCCCGCCUUUCUGAAGGUCAAGGGUCUCGUCAAACAGCACAUUGACUCGUACAACUUCUUUGUCGAGAAUGAAAUCAAAGAAAUCGUUCGCGCCAACCGUAUCAUCCGGAGCGACGUAAACAGUUCCUUCUGGCUUGAGUUCACUGAUAUCAGAGUUGAGCGGCCCAGCCGAGUCGACUUCAACGACAUCAGAGCUCAGAAUGAGGUCACGCCAAUGGAGUGUCGCCUGCGCGACAUGACCUAUGCUGCCCCCAUCAUGGUCGACAUUGCCUACAUCCGCGACAAGUCAAAGAUUGUGCGCAAGAACGUCCCUCUCGGUCGUCUGCCAGUCAUGUUGAAGAGUUCCAUUUGCAGACUUGGCGGUGCCAACAAUUCGGAAAUGUCUCGCAUGAAUGAGUGCCCCCUAGAUCCCGGCGGCUACUUCAUCAUUAACGGAACGGAAAAAGUCAUUCUUAUUCAAGAACAGCUGAGCAAGAACAGAGUCAUCGUCGAAGCCGACGAGAAGAACAGCAUCAUCACAGCUUCCGUUACCAGUUCCACUCACGAACGUAAAUCCAAGACCUACGUCACCCUCAAGAAGGACCGUAUCCUUCUGACCGCCAACAUCUUAGUCGAAGGCAUCCCCAUCGUGAUUAUUUUGAAAGCUUUGGGCGGCCUCUCGGACUAUGAGAUCAUGCAGCUUGUCGCCGGAGACAAUGGAAAGUACCAAGACGAAUUUAUCGUCCAGUUCGAGGAAGCCACCAAGGUCGGUGUCUACACUCAGCAGCAGGCUCUCGAGUACAUUGGCGCCAGAGUAAAGAUGGGCAAGAGCAGGGUCCCGUUUUCCGCCCAGGUCCGACGGAAUCACGUUGAGGAAGCACUGGACGCUUUGGCGAACCUCAUUAUUGCCCACGUCCCGAUCGAGGGCUUGGAUUUCUAUCCCAAGGCAGUAUACGUGGCAUUCAUGACGCGGCGUGUGCUCAUGGCGCAGAGCAACCCCAGCCUUGUCGAUGACCGAGAUUUCGUCGGAAAUAAACGUCUCGAAUUGGCUGGACAGCUUCUCUCCCUGCUGUUCGAAGAUUUGUUCAAGCAGUUCUGCGGCAACGUCAAGAGCAGCAUCGACAAGGUUCUGAAAAAGGACAACCGGGCUGUUCCCCUGGACGCCGUGAACAUGAUUAGCAAUCAUGCCAAUAUGAUCGGGCAAGGAAUCAACCGUGCGAUCCAAACGGGCAACUGGACGGUUAAGAGAUUCAACAUGAAUCGAGCCGGAGUCACGCAUGUGCUCAGUCGUCUCAGUUACAUCAGUGCUCUUGGUAUGAUGACGCGUAUUAGCAGUCAGUUCGAGAAGACUCGCAAGGUUUCCGGUCCUCGUGCACUUCAACCCUCGCAGUGGGGUAUGUUGUGUACUUCUGAUACACCAGAAGGUGAGGCCUGUGGUCUGGUCAAGAACUUGGCACUCAUGACCCAUAUUACGACCAAUGUCGAGGAGGAGCCCGUCAAGCGAUGGGUCUUCACGCUCGACGCAGGUGUUGAGCCCAUCAGGAAUUUCUCAGGUGGCGAGAUGCACCGCGAAGGAUCCUUUGUUAUUCACAUCAACGGAACGCCAUUUGCCCUGACCAGGUAUCCGAAGCGGUUUGCUGGCAAGUUCAGAACGAUGAGAAGACGCGGCUGGAUAUCUCCGUUCGUCAGCAUUCAUAUCAACAACCACUUCAACGCAGUACAUAUCGCCACCGACGAAGGGCGCAUUUGUCGACCUUAUAUCAUCGUCAAAAACGGCAAGCCCAAGUUGAAGGAGGAACACCUUAGGCUUCUUCAGCUCGGCAAAGCUACUUUUGACGACUUUUUAACUCAUGGCAUUGUCGAGUAUCUCGAUGUCAACGAGGAGAACGAUACGCUCGUUGCCUUGUACGAAACUGACGUGACCAUGACAACCACUCAUAUGGAGAUCGAGCCCUUCACCGUCCUCGGUGCCGUUGCCGGUCUUAUUCCCUUCCCCCACCACAACCAAUCCCCUCGUAACACCUAUCAAUGCGCCAUGGGUAAGCAAGCUAUUGGCGCCAUCGCAUACAACCAGUUCAACCGUAUCGACACUCUCCUCUACACCUUGGUGUACCCUCAAAGACCCAUGGUCAUCUCCAAGACCAUUCAGCUGGUCAACUAUGACAAGCUCCCCGCCGGACAGAACGCAACCGUCAUCGUCAUGUCGUACUCUGGUUACGAUAUCGAGGACGCCCUGGUGCUCAACAAGGCAUCUUGCGACCGUGGUUUUGGACGUUGUCAGGUCUUCCGAAAGUACACUGCCGAACUUCAGAAGUACCCCAACGGUCGUCGGGAGCGCAUCGGAGAUCCAGUCAACGACGAGAAAGGCAGGACAGCCAAGCACGAAGCGCUAGACGACGACGGUUUGGCAAUCGUGGGCUACAAGGUCAACUCAGGCGAGGUCAUGAUCAAGAAGGAAACACCCCUUGACACGGGAUCAACUGGCAUUGGCAUGGACCGCGGACCCAGCGAGUUCCGCGAUUCGUCCAUCUCUUACAGGAUAGCUGAUCCGGCGUACAUUGACAAGGUCAUGGUGUCUCACACCGAGAGAGAAACGAUGGUGGUCAAGGUUCAGACCCGACAAACGAGACGGCCAGAGCUUGGUGACAAGUUCUCCUCGCGUCACGGUCAGAAGGGUGUUGUUGGUAUCAUUGUGGACCAGGAGGACCUACCGUUCUCUGACACGGGCUUGGUUCCUGACAUCAUCAUGAACCCCCACGGUUUCCCCUCUCGUAUGACUGUUGGCAAGCUUUUGGAGUGCUUGACGGGUAAGGCGUCGGUUCUGGAUGGAAGAAAGGACUAUGGUUUCGGUGACGCUUUCCGCUCCCAUCCCCUCGAGCAGAUGAGCGCCGCCUUGGUCGACCACGGGUUCUCGUGGGAAGGCAAGGACUACUUCACAUCGGGUAUCACCGGAGAGCCUCUGGAGGCUUACAUUUUCAACGGACCCAUCUACUACCAGCGUCUGAAGCACAUGGUGCAGGACAAGAUGCAUUCUCGUUCUCGUGGACCCAGGGCCAUCCUCACCCGGCAACCGACGGAAGGUCGUUCCCGAGACGGUGGUCUUCGUUUGGGAGAGAUGGAACGUGAUUGUUUGAUUGCAUACGGAGCAUCUCAGCUGCUGCUGGAGCGUCUAAUGAUCAGCUCCGACGGAACACAGCUCGACAUCUGUCAGCAGUGUGGCUUGUUUGGAUACAAGGGUUACUGCCACACGUGCAAGAGUACCAGAGAGGUGACGCAGAUGACAAUGCCGUAUGCUGCCAAGCUCCUCGUGCAGGAGCUCAUCAGUAUGAAUGUCGGAGUGCGGUUGCAGCUCGAGGACGAGUUCCCUCACCCCAGAUGA